AACAGUUUCAGCGGCGAAAAUGAAAGAAAUCAAAAUAAACUUGGUAAACUGACGAGAGAAACAGGAAAGGAUUCAACUUUUUAGGUGUUUGUUUGUUAUAAACGCUAUCUCUACCGUAUACGGAGAAAGUAUGAAUGGAUCACAGUUCUUGGAAACCUUGAAGCAGUUGGGUUAUCCUAAUGCUGAGCAGAUCACUGAUAAAACAUUUGAUUGGAUAUUUGAAAAUGAGGCCACAGUACCAUUUUUAAAUUGGUUCUGCACUAAUAUUUCUCAGCGGAAUAUUGUAGAUCCAAAUGUAUUGAAAGAAUACCAUGACAUUGAAGCAGGAGAUUGCAUUCUGGAUAAUGCCUUGAAGGCUGUUGCAACAUCUUCGGAUUCAUCUCUUUCACAGGAAUCACUUGAGGCUGAAGUAUCAAGCCUGUCUGAGAGAUUAGAAAAUUGCAAAAAGAAAAAGCAUCACUUAUUGCAACGAAGAAACAAACUGAGUGUUCGACACACUGCUUUAAGUUAUCGAUUGUCAAAGUUGCCGUCAUUGGAAUCUGAAGUGAAAAGCCAGUUUAAAAAAAGAUUGGAUCAGUGCCAUCAAACAAACAGUGAGGUGAAUUAUGGCCUCAAGGAACUGAUUGAAAGCGUCGGUCAACUCAACGAGUUGUAUAAACAGCGUGACGUGUCACAGACGUCCACGGAGAAAUCGGACGAUGGCGUCUUCCUCUCACAACUCAGUCUGGAUGAGUACUUCACAGCAGAAGAAAAGUUCUGUCAGCAUUUGAACGACUUUACAAAGAAACGCUUCUUCCAGGGUAUUGCUGAGGUUGCAGGCCAGACCGAAGAUUCUCGAUAUGAACUGUUGGAAGUGAGCGAUCCAAACAGUUUGCUUGUGAGAGGAGAAGAAGAAAAUGUGAAUGCCAGUCACAGUGACGAACUUAAAAGGUUGCAGCGGACGUAUCCCAAAAGUGAAUGCCAGCGGAUCAAUGCCCUGGUUGAUGAAAAAAGACUCAAAUCAAGUUUAUAUCAGCUGGAGGAUGUGCUACAAAGAUUACAGUUGGGCAGAUUCUCAAAAGAUAAAAAGACAUUAAGUGAUCAACUACAGAAGACACACAGUCUGCUCCAAGGUGUCCAGUGUGAUAUGGUGAAGCUGUCCGAGAGUCACCUUCCCCGACUGAUCCGCGAGUUGUCCGGGUUACAAGGGACGUGCAUUGUGACCGGUGACUACAUGUUAAAGCUAGCCAGGCAGGACUACUUCACGUCAAACCAGGAUCAGGUCAUACAGCAGUUGGUGGUACAGAGAGCUAGAACUGAUUUUUUGCUGAUGGCUUAUACGGCGGAGGAACGACACCACCGCGAAGUCCAGCAUCUACUGAUGGCCGUACAACUCAGGCUGAAGCAGCUUUUGUCAGGCUGGGAGAAGAGAAUGAAAAUGUUGGAGGACCCUGCACUAACCUCUGCAAGACACCAGCGGGGAACUAUCGAUUCUCGUGACAUGGCAACCACUCGACUUCAUUGUAUGCUAGAUGAUGAGAAGUCGAGUGAUCGCCAUGAGAAGCCGCUGUUUAUAACACUGAGUAGUUUGGUGGAGGCAGCACAAAGACUGGAGAAAAGACACGAAGCAGCACAGACCGCUUUAUCCCACACAUACGCCACACACGACAAGAAGGUCAAAGAGAUGGAGGACAGUUUGCUGAUGCUGGAAGACAAGAUAUACUCUGGGUCUAGCACGUCGGGCGGAGAACCUAUGCUGAGACCUCACCAGGUACAGGAGAUGAUGACACAACUCAAAGACAUUGUGCACAAGCUGCAAGCCACCAUCGUGAGUAUCGUCUCGGACUACAGCAGCAAACAGAAGACUUUGAAGAGUGAUGAGCUGCUAGUUAAAGAAAGACGGAUAUUUGAGUAUUUCUACACUAAGCCCAACAAACUACAACAGUUACUAGAUAGUGCUGCAACCAGAUUGCAAGCUCAACAGAUACACGCAGACUGAUCUUAUGACCAGCAAACUACAAGUGUUACUAGAUGGUGCCAUAACCCAGUUGCAAGCUCAACCCCGAUACAUGUAAACUAAUCUUAUGACCAGCAAACUACAACAGAUACUAGAUGGUGCCAAAACCAGGUUGCAAGCUAAACAGAUACACACAGACUGAUCUUGUGACCAACAAACUGCAACAGUUACUAGACAGUGCUGCAAUCAAGUUGCAAACUCAACAGAUACACCUAGACUAAUUUUAUGACCAGCAAACUGCAACGGUUAUUAGAUGGUGCCAAAGCCCGGCUGCAACCACAACAGCUACUUGUAGACUUAAUUUUAUGACCAGCAACCUCAACAGAUGGUUGACUAACUGAGUACAUGUUGACUAACUGAGUGACCAGGAAACUACAAAUUACUAGAUAGUUUCGUAGCCAUGUUAUGUGCACAAAAGACUGAUAUUCUAACUGAUACUAGUCUUCCAAUUUAUUAUUUAGUCCUGCUUUCCAUUAACUCGAUUCUGCGCAGGAUUUAUCGUGCCUGUUUCCGCACACAGAUAUGUGCAUUUCCAUAUCUUUAGGAUCAAUCCCCGUCGGUAGCCCCAUUGGGCUAUUUCUUGUUCCAGCCAGUACUCCACAACUGGUGUAACAAAGGCUGUGGUACGUACUAUCCUGUACUACCCUUGCUGCUAAUCGAAAAGA